AUCAAAAAUGUUAUACUACGGUUUAAAAGGAAUUAUUUCUCCUAAGAUUUCUGGUUAAUAUUUCAUUGAAGUUUAAAAAUUUUCUGAAUUGGUCGCGCUGUCGUAGCUACCAAUGGAUUCUACUAUUCGAAGAAGAAAAUAUAGAAGAAGAAGUAUUGGACAGGCAGAGAUAGAACGAGUAUGAUCAUUUCGAAACGAAACGACCUGUCAUUGGAACACAAUCGGAUCGUCUUUGUUUGUCUAACAUGGGAGAAAGAGAGGUUCGAUCAACUUCAGACAUCGGAUUCUCACUGUAGUGGUUUAUAAUAUCAAACUGUCAAGUGUUGACAUGAGAAUAGCGUAAACUAUGAUGUUAGUCAAUAAUUAAUUUAACAUUUAUAAAAGUAACUGAUUUUGUUAAAUAAUAAGUGAUCUGUUAAAUAACUUCUUCGUACGUCUGUUUAUAAAAUCUGUGUCGCAAGCAUUAUGCGAUUACAUAUAGAAGUGCGUGCUUCCCUACUUGAAGUGUUCAACUGCGGUAUUUUGAUGAAAAAAGUAAUGUGCUUCUGGAUGUUGCUGUCUUUGAAUGGUUUAUGCAAACCAGAGACAGAAGUGAUCCAGUAUUCGGACCAAUUAUUCAAGAGAAAGCUCUUAUUUUAAACCGGAUACUCAACGGUCCGCAAACGUUUAUACUACAUAAUAUCUUUGGUUUCAGUCAAGAGUUUGGAAAUCGGUGACGUGACGAGAGAAAUUUAUAAUAGUUAAUUCCAAAUGAGUAUAAAAAAAACCCAAAUUAUGUAAAUUACAGUGGCAUUUUAGAUCAAAUUUAGACUUUCUAUGGCGAUGAACAGAUGCUUUCUUGCAAAUUUGCAAGAUCACAGGACGAAUCUGUUCAGAAUUACCAGAGGCUUUAAAAGGCUUAGAACUGUUAAAAAUGAUAAACCGACUGUGUCGAUUUUUUCAAAUGAAACUGGCCCGAUGCCUGUCAGGUUUUGGAGAACUUUUGGUUUCACUGUAGCGAUUAGUGGAGCUUCCAUAGCAGGUGCAGCAAUUUGGGAAUAUGAGAAAAUUCGGACGAGGACUUACAAUUUAAUACAUCAUAUUCAACUACCUCGAAUUCCAAAAAGGGGCUUAAGAGCUGAAGCAGAAGCUUGGUGGAGAAAUUUAACUCCUGGAGAAAGAAUAUUUAUACCUAUAUGCUUUUUAAAUGUUCUCGUAUUUAUUGCGUGGAGGAUACCGGCUUUCAAUAAAACCAUGAAUCUGUACUUCACCUCGAAUCCAGCUGCUCGUGUGGUGGGACUUCCAAUGCUACUGUCGACAUUUUCGCAUUAUUCCUUUUGGCACAUGGCUAUAAAUAUGUACGUUUUGCACAAUAUCUCCACCCCGGCAGUUCAGACACUUGGAGCCGAACAAUUUGUAGCCAUGUAUUUAAUUAGUGGUGUGCUUGGAAAUUUCGCCAGUCACAUGUACAAAGUAUAUUUAAAUCAAGCUGGACAAUCAUUGGGAGCGUCUGGCUCUAUAAUGGGCGUCCUCGGGUAUACAUGUACCCAAUUUCCAUCAGCGGAGCUUUGUUUAAUCUUCCUUCCCAUGUUUACAUUCUCAGCAUCGCAGGCAUUGAAAGCUGUAAUUGCUUUAGAUUUAGCGGGUGCUAUUAUGCGAUGGAGGGUUCUUGAUCACGCUGCGCAUCUUGGUGGUGUUUUUACUGGCAUAUUGUGGGAGAAGUGGGUGAAUGCAAACAUCUGGCAAAAGCGCAAACCUCUCCUAAUGAUCUGGCACAAAUUUCGAGAACCUCCACGCUCAAACUGAAAAAUCCCUUUUCGACAUUUUAUUGGAAAUUUCCAAAGCGCCGCGCGACGAGAGCGAGAGAAACGACUAGAUUGCAAAUGAAGAGAAAGUGUAAAUUCAAUAUUUUUACUGUUAACUUGGAUCGUUAUCGCGACUCAGGGUGCAUGAGUGUAUAAAGUAUUAAAAAAAUCAUAACAUUAUAAACACUCGACCAGCUGACUUUUCAGCAAUAUUUUUAUUUCAUCAGUUUGGUGAACAAUUUACAACGAUAGACAGAAACUUGACUUAAAAAAGAGAAGUUGAUUAAAAAAAAUGGUACAAAAA